UGGAACAAGACACAGCAUAGUCAAUCACAAUCAAGACUCAUAUCACACAAGUGAUUUUGGGACCCACUAUGUUUCUAAGCGGACUCCUGCUGCUCUUUCUGCUUCCUGAUUGGACAGAAGGCAUUGGAGGUGACACUGUGGACAUCAAUACUCUCGCACGUAUUAUUGAUUUUGUCGAGCAAAACUACAAGAGAGUUGAUAAAGAUGGACAUCCUCGUCAGUAUGCUGUAGCCAUUAAUGUGCCAAAGGAUCAGUGUCAACAGAACUUCAAUCCUGCACAGAACAACUUUCUGAGAAUUUCUCAAGAGAAUGCCAUGAAUGUGAAAAAUGCUAUUACUGAUGAAACAAACGCACUUUACCAAGGUACAGAACUCAUCGCUGCGGGAACUAGAAAAAAGAAGAAAUACAACAUGCAUUCAGAGUCUUUGCUGCUGAAUCCUGCUGACAACUCACCCAUGACCAAACUUUUGAAUAGAAGAAGAGACGGCUGCUCUGUUUUCUACACAUUUGAAUCUCCCUGCGUCAAUACAUGUCUGGAUGAGACAGGCAGACACAGCAUUUUAAAGGGCCUGGAGAACUGGAAAGAACACAGUGGAAUCAAAGCUUUUGUCUUCAAGAAUUUCUGGAAGUAUGACACUGAAAAAGAUCCUCAAACUGAAUUCAAGCAGAUCGUGGCUCAUGUUCCUCUCUACCGCUGUGAGAGUGAGACUCAGUGUUACGCUUGUAAAGGAGAAGGAAACACUCCCAUCGACGCCCAAUGUCUUCCUCAAAAAAAGAUCAAAGAUGAAUUUUAACAGUUCUGUGAGUCUUAAUUAGGAUCUGCUAUAUUUUGUUUUUAAAUUCAAUAUGCAUAGAUGAACAACUAAAAUGCAUUUAAAAAUUAAUCUUGAUUCUUAUUCAAACAAAUAAAAUACUUCCACUUGGUAAACAUUUGCUUUACAUUUACAUUUAUUCAUUUAUCCAAACUUACAAAGGAUGAUUUUUAAGAUCGGAGUAGGCUAUGGGCUGCAGUAAUGCACAUAAACACACCCACAGUUCUCAUAAAAAUAUCAAAGAGAAGGAUUUUGGAAAGCAUGAGGUGUAACCUAGACGUCAUGCUACACUCUUGCUAAAUGACAUCAGGGUCUUCAGCCAGCUGCCGCAAACGCCUGAAGACUUUACAGGGGGUUCUUACCUUAAGUGGAUUGUUGCAACCAGGCCCUGGACAAUACUGUUGAUUAUUACGACUGGAAGACAGUUAUACCAUAGACACCACUCCUGUAAAGUUUCAGGAGUGACAACCACAUUUAAAUGCUGCAUAAAAUAAAAAUGAACUCAUUCUCGAA